AUGGCGGCGGUGGAGACGAGGCGUCAGUGAGCAGCGGACCAGAGGACGGUGGUUCGAGCCGCUGAGAGUCCGACACACAGGCGCUGCUGCCCGGGGAAGAGUCACCGUGACCCGCCGGCAUGAAGUCCGAGUGACGGGACACACGAAGAAGAAGUUUGGAGACAGAAGAAGAAGAAGAAGAAGCGUCAUCGUCAGCGUCGGUCAUGUCUCUGGGCGAGAACACGCCGGACUCGGCGCCGUUCCUCUCUGACGACAGCGAGGCGGAGGGUCAGGAGGAGCAGUGCGGGGGGGCGGGCCAGCAGGCGCCGGAGGAGCCGGCCAGCGGCGUGUCCAGCGUCCGGGCGCUGAUGACCGUCCUGGUGCUCUGCUUCAUCAACCUGCUCAACUACAUGGACAGGUUCACUGUGGCAGGAGUUCUCCCGGACAUCGAGCAUUACUUUUCGAUCGAUGACGGGAAAUCCGGUUUACUCCAAACGGUUUUUAUCUGCAGCUACAUGUUCCUGGCUCCGAUCUUCGGUUACCUUGGCGACAGGUACAACAGAAAAAUCAUCAUGAGCGUCGGAAUCACGUUCUGGUCGUUGGUGACGCUCGCCAGCUCCUACACCCCCAAAGAACACUUCUGGGCCCUGCUGUUAACACGCGGCCUGGUCGGGGUCGGCGAGGCCAGUUACUCCACCAUCGCUCCCACCAUCAUCGCAGACCUCUACGUCAAAGGGAAGCGGACGAACAUGCUGUCCGUCUUUUACUUCGCCAUCCCCGUGGGCAGUGGCCUCGGAUACAUCGUCGGCUCUCAAGUCAGCAACAUAGCGAAGGACUGGCACUGGGCUCUGCGGGUGACUCCGGCGCUGGGGCUGGUGGCGGUGGUCCUGCUGCUGCUCGUGGUCAAGGAGCCCAACAGAGGCGCCAUCGAGGCUCGACCCGAGCACCAGCUGCACCGGACCAGCUGGCUGGUGGACCUGCAGGCGCUGAGCAGGAACUGCAGCUUCGUGUUGUCCACCUUCGGCUUCACCGCGGUGGCGUUUGUCACCGGCUCUCUGGCGCUCUGGGCCCCGACGUUCCUCUUGAGAGCUUCUAUCUUCACCGGGGUCAAGGCUCCGUGCACGGACGCACACUGCGCCUCCUCCGACAGCCUGAUCUUCGGAGCGAUCACCUGCAUCACAGGCGUUCUGGGCGUGGCCAGCGGCGUGCAGCUGAGUCGGCAGCUGAGGAAGAAGACGCCCAGGGCGGAUCCGCUGGUCUGUGCCGCGGGGCUGAUGCUCUCUGCACCGUUCCUCUACCUGGCCAUCGUGUUCGCUGAGGCCAGCACCAUCGCCACAUACGUUUUCAUCUUCCUGGGAGAAACGUUCCUGAGCAUGAACUGGGCCAUCGUGGCUGAUAUUCUGCUGUACGUGGUCGUUCCUACUCGCCGCGCCACAGCUGAGUCGCUUCAGAUCGUCAUCUCUCAUCUGCUGGGAGACGCUGGGAGUCCCUACCUGAUCGGAGUGGUCUCGGACUAUCUGAGGAAGACGGACUCGUUCCUCUGGCAGUUUCGCUCGCUGCAGCUCUCUCUGCUGAUCUGCUCCUUUGUAGCUGUGGUGGGCGGGGCUUUCUUCCUCGCCACCGCCCUCUUCAUCGAAGGAGACCGAGAUCGGGCGGAGAACUACGUGGCUACAGACGACGAGCCGAUCGUUGUGCCGAAGAGCGGCCGGUCCACUCGGGUCCCGGUGUCCAGCGUUCUGAUCUGAACCGGUUCAUCGUGGCGUGGGACUGAAACACUGAAGGGACUCUCUGCCGUGCAGAAACCUUUUAAAGUUUAUUUUUAAAUCCUUCUCUUUUUUAUAACUUUCCCAGAACGCGGUCGUCUCAGGAGAUAUUUUUGAUUCGUUGUGUGAAUCCUCAGCGACUCUGAGGAACAGAAGCUGAUCUGUCGAUUCACUUUGACUUUUUAUUUGACCCGACCGUCGACAAACUGGUGGAAACAUCUUAUCAUCUUAUUCAGUGAGAUCAGAAGUUUAUAUAGACGAUAAACUUUAUUAUUCAUUUUUCCCCUGAGCUCGUUUGAGUAACAACACUAACCUUUACAUGCAGUCAGUUAUUAUCUGUGUACGUUUUUUAAGCUUCAUCGCUGAUUUGAAUCUUCGUUCUUCUGUUGGAAUGUUUGAAGUGUUUAACGGAGGUUUUUUUAAAUUAAAUUUUAGGAUUUCCUUCGUGUUUUGCAGGAACUCAUCGACAGUUGUUUAAAGAACGAACAUUAGUCAAAGUUGUUUAGUCUCAAAUCAUUUUACAGUUUCUGUUAAACAAGAAUGAACUUGUUGGACGAAGUGUUUGUGUCGUAUUAACAUGCUCAGGUGGACUCGUGAUUUUAUCUUUAAAAUAAUAAUUUACAGCUAAAGUACGGAAGCCCUGAAGGCAAAACUAAAUCCGCUGUUUUUUCUUUUUCAAAGGGACACUUUUUUUAGUUUAAAAUAAGACUUUGACAUUAAGAAAAAAAUAAAGUUCUGUAACAUCACUGUCACGUCUUAAAGUCUAGAAAAUGAUUUUAGAUGUUGAUAAAGUUUUUUCCCAGAGAUACUUUAGUUUGAUGACAUCGUAUAAACGCUGUUUUCACAGAUGAAAAUUUAAAACCCUAGAAAAAUAUCCUGGCAAAAACGAAUUGGUGACAUUUUUUAAAUUUGUUUUCGAAGAUGAAAUAUUUUAACUUUUAAAUUGAUCUUUAAUAUUUAAUUUAAAAACACACUUCCCUCUCAGCGCUUCCGUACGAAGUUAUCGAGUGAAGAAUGAGACGCGUCAGAAUGUGUGUUCAGCUUCAUGUUAUUAAACCGUUUGAUACGUAAGAA